ACUUCGCCUAAAAGCGUUAUCGGGGAUUUCUAUUGGAGAAGCAGUUUCUGCCUAUCUUUAUACAAUAUUGUCUUUGGUACUAGUCUAUUAUAAAAAGGUCAGGUGUAAGAACUGCACAAACAAAACACAUGCAGUUGGCUUGGACAAAGCCAGCGGAUGCUGAUUGAUGGCUUGCUGCUUUUUAGUACCGAAAGUUAGCUUACCGUUAAUUCAAGUCUAUAAUUAGGUUACGUUUUCUGGUAAAUGAUGCUUGUGACUGACAAAAUGCAUAUUGGAAUUAUUGGAAUCCUACUGGGCAUGUACAAGAAGGUUCAAGCAGACUGUGAGCCGUACAUCAUUCUUAUUAGAGAGGAGGAGAGGUGCCUUCAUGAGUUGCGACGGCAUAAUGUGUCCAAAACUCCCCAACCAGACUGCCAGGGUAUGUGGGACCACUUGAAUUGCUGGUCUCCUGCUUUUGUAGGGGAAACGGCAUCACACAACUGUCCCAAUUUCUUCAAAUCAGAAGGUAAAGUGUACCGGAACUGCACAGACACGGGCUGGACGGACCCAUUCCCUCCUUACGAGCGUGCAUGUUUCAACGAAACCUUACACUUACCUGGAGAGGUCUCUUUUUCCUCCCAGUCACAUGACUCCCACAUGUACUUCCCCUACGUGAAGACCAUGUACACUGCAGGCUACGCUCUCUCUCUAAUCUCUCUCACCAUCGCCGUCGCCAUCCUCUGUCUCUUUAGGAAACUGCACUGCACCAGAAACUACAUCCACAUCCAACUCUUCGUUUCCUUCAUCCUGCGUGCUACCUUCAUCUUCAUCAAAGACUCUGUGCUCUUCACCGAUGAAGACUUCUACCACUGUGACGACUACCCAGUGGUGUGUAAGUUAGUGGUGACGUUCUCCAACUACUGCAUCAUGGCUAACUACAGCUGGCUGCUGGUGGAGGGACACUACCUCCACACCCUGGUCAGCAUCUCCUUCUUCUCCAAGAAGAAACACAUUUGGUGGUACAUCAUCAUGGGUUGGGGUUUGCCAAUUAUUGUCAUUGUAUCCUGGGGCUUGGCAAAAUACUUCUAUGAGGAUGAAGGCUGCUGGGAGACAAGGGUACAUGACUGGGUUUGGUGGAUUCUCCGAUUACCAGUCCUACUCUUCAUAAUUAUUAAUUUGGUAUUUUUUCUGAGCAUCUUAAGAAUUCUGGUGGGGAAACUGCGGAUGCCAGACAUGCAUGGAAAUGAAUUCAGCCAAUACAAGAGACUUACCAAAUCAACUUUUCUUUUGGUGACCCUCUUUGGUGUGUACUACAUCCUCUUUGCCUUCUUACCCAUCAAAGUCAGUGGUUUAACUUACAAAAUAUGGACCUUUGCUGAGCUGGCUCUUGCAUCAACACAGGGCUUUGGAGUCGCUGUUCUUUACUGUUUUCUAAAUGGGGAGGUACAGUACGAGGUACAGAGGAGAUGGCGCAGGUGGAGGCUGAAGCAGCAUCUACACAAGGAGCCCAGACAGCAUGGUUCCAUGAGCCAAAGCAUCUCUCCCCUUACCCAGGUCUCCUUGCUUCCCUGUUCUGGACCGGCCAGCCUGGCAUGAUCUUUGACCCACCCCCCAGUCACUGGAGAUCUCCUAGACAUGCCAAGGGAACUUAAGUUCUAGAACUUUCUUGAACUUGAGGAGUGGUCCACAGAAUCACUUGGACAUGGCAUGGGAAACAGCACUGUACUGUGCUUUUUGCCAUUCCCUCAAGCAACAUUUCUUGGGGUCAGUGGAAAUCCUAAGAAACAUAUUCAAAAAGGUGAAGUAGGACUCAGCUCUUCAUCAUCAUCAUGUGAAAGAGAAAUCCUGGAAAGAGGGCAUGUUUAUCGACAUGAUUGAAAAUUCUCACUUUUUAUUAUACUUUGAAGAAACAUAAUUUAAUGUUCUUUUGCACCAAUGUACUGUGUUUUCUAAAAAAUUUGACAUUUUCUGAAAUAAAUACCCAGAUCAA